AUGUUCUUGAAGUCUGUUGAUACAUCUGGCCUUAGAAAAGAUGUUGAAACAUUGUUUAAUAUCUUUGAUGAGGUUGUUCAAGAAAUUGGAGCUGAGAAUCUUGUGCAGCUCAUAACGGACAAUGAUGCAAGUUAUAAAGCUGCAGGAAAAAAGUUACAGCAGAAGUAUGGCUCUUUCUACUGGUCCCCUUGUGCAGCUCAUUGCAUAGACUUGAUGUUAGAGAAUUUUUCUGAUCCAAGAUAUUUUCCCCUUAUUGAUGAUACUAUAAAAAAGACAAAAAAGAUAAGAAAGUUCAUCUAUAACCAUGAUUGGGUUUUGGCAUUGAUGAGACAAGAGUUCACCAAAGGUCAUGAUUUGUGUCGUCCUGCAAUUACAAGGUUUGCAACAAAUUUUUUAAGUAUCCAAUGCUUGCUCUUGUUUAAGAAAGAACUGAGACAAAUGUUUACUUGUGAUAAAUGGAUUGCAUUAAGCCAUUCUAAAAGCAUCAUAGGGAAAGAGAUAGCUGGGAUUGUUUUAGAAGAUAAAGAGUUUUGGGCUCAAUGUCAAUUUAUUGUUAAAAUUAGUGAGCAUUUGGUUUGUGUUCUACGACUUGUUGACGGGGAUGAGAAGCCUGCAAUGGGAUACUUGUAUGAUGCAAUGGAAAGAGCCAAAGAGAACAUAAAAGCAAGAUGUAAUAACAAAAUGGCACUUGAUCCUGAUGACCAAGACAAGAUCAUUGAAGAACUUGACUCGUAUAAUAAUGCAGUAGGUGAGUUUGGACAUACUUUAGCAAUCCGCCAGCGUGAUAAGCUUAAUCCAGAAUCUGAGCUUCUUGAUGGAGAAGAUUUGGAUUGGGCAAGUAUUGAGGAGCCAUUGAUCUCACUAAAUGAGGAAGACGUUGAUAAUGUUGGUGUUGAUGUUGAUGAUGGUGGUGACAUUGAUGAAAAUAUUUUGAUCAACAUGUCGAAUCUUGAUCCUUAUUGUCUUUUUGAUGAGGAUGAGUGA